GCAAACGUGCUAGUCACGUGCCAUUCCUUUCCAUUGCCUGCCGCGUCUCCCGAGGUUUCGCUGGAAUCCAUCUCUGUCCCUCUCCUCUCUUAAGCAGGGAGGCGUCGACAGAAAAAGCGCGCGAAAACUUCAGGAGCUUCAGAGCAUCGGCGACGACGACGCCAGUGGCAAUGCCGGAGCUUCCAGAGGUAGAAGCCGCUCGAAGAGCCAUCGAGGAAAACUGCAUCGGCAAGAAGAUCAAGAGAUCGAUCAUAGCCGACGAUCCCAAGGUCAUCGAUGGCGUGUCCCCUUCCCACUUCCAAGCCUCUCUUCUCGGCAAGACCAUCGUUGCCGCUCACCGCAAGGGAAAAAACAUGUGGCUUCAGCUCGAUUCCCCUCCUUUUCCUUCUUUCCAGUUCGGGAUGGCAGGGGCUGUCUAUAUCAAGGGAGUUGCAGUUACAAAAUAUAAGAGGCCCAAUGUAAAGGUUUUACAAAAGGAUGUCAAAAAUCUUGUAGCUAAACAGAUCUUUGCCCGUUGGCAAACUUUAUUAGCCAUCUUUGAUUUUGACAUUGAGUUUAUCAAAGGAAAUUCCAAUUCUCUUCCUGACCAGGGAAUUCCUUCAGGGAAAACAUCAGAAUUAGCCCAUCAGCCUAUGGCCCAAUUGCCAUUAGGCUCAAAACCUGAUCAGACCCAGGGUAAUGGUCUGGCUAGUCCACAGCAAAUGGCUCGUGGUAAAGACAAAUCAAAUUUGUUGGAUUGGUUGGAGGCUUUGCCAAAAAGCCCAGGAACCCGUAAAAUGGUGGUCAGACGAUCCCUAUGGGACAGGUAUUUGAUGCAUGAUCCAUCAAUUGGUCCACCCUUAUUUGCUCCUCCACCAUAUCAGUUCCUUGUAGAAUAUACCAUUCCCAAUCCUGGCUGUCCGCGUCACGAUCGCCUCGGAUGUCCGUUCGCGUCGCCUCCAGUGUGUUCACUGGUUGACCCACUGUCUGUUCGCGUCGCCUUCGGUCAACCCCUUUUUGUGUUGCUGCCAAGAUUGCCGACUCUGUUGCGGUUAACAGAGGUCGCCAGACUCUGCUAUGUAUUGGCGACGGAAAAUACAGCAAGAAUCCAUCCUUUACAGAUUGCUUCCAGCCUUUCCAAAGAUAGCUGUGUGGCAUUGCACAAGUGCAUUAAAGAGGUCAUUGAAAAAGCCGUUGAAGUUGGGGCAGAUAGUAGUCAAUUUCCUAGUGGUUGGAUUUUUCAUGUCCGUGAAAAGAAGCCUGGCAAGGCUUUUGUUGAUGGGAAGAAAAUUGAAUUUAUUAUUGCUGGCGGCAGGACAACAGCAUAUGUACCUGAGUUACAAAAGCUGAAUGGUUCUCAAUCUGUCAAGGCACGAAUUAAACCGAGGAAGGGAGCUGGGAAGGGAAGCAAAGAUGUGGACAGUGAUGGUGAUCAUAACGAGCCAGAAAGUGAGGAAGAGGAAAAUACUAGAAGCACAAAAUCGAAGGGAGGGAGGGGCAAGUCUAGGCAAACCACAAAGCCACCUGCAAAGAGAAAAUUGAGCAGCAGAGGAAGCAAAGAUGAGAAUGACAACAGUGACAAUGACGAUGAUGAUGGUGGAGUUGAGAAGAAAAAGAUAACUAGAGCGCGCAAGACUGUCCCUGCCCCAAGAAAGUCGAAGAAAUCAACAACUGAUUUGGAUGAGAGCGAUGACAGCAAAAAUGAAGAUGAAGAUGAAGAUGCAAUUGAGAAGAAGAGAACUAGAAAGCCUAAGAAUGCUGCUGUGGAGAGAAAGUCCAAGAAAUCAGCAGCAGUGGGGACCCGAAGCAAAAAAUGAGAGCUACGAAGAAGCAUCCUGUCGUGGAGGCGGCAGCUUUAGUGACUGACGGCACCACCGUAGGCUGAGAGGUGGUGGUGGAGCAACUGGGGUAAGGUAAUGAAGUUGGAACCAACAAACUCAAAGACAUCUUAAAAUGAUGUUAUAUGUGGCUAGUCCUGUUUAUAUAUAUAAUGGUAGACAAGUCAGAUAGAUUUCAGUCUUUUUGUAAUUGGCUGCAUUUUGGUUGGUUUCAGGCUCAAAGUUGCUUAAUGCGGCAAAAGUUUGGUUUGGUAAAUC